GCUACUGAGUUCAUAUGGUUCCAAAAAUGGAAAGCAAAUUGUUGGGAAAAGGAGUAAAAUACAAGGCUUGAAAGCCCAGAUUCCAUUUUUGUUUUUUAAGUUUUUGGAGGAGGAGGAGGAGGAGAAGAAGAAAUAUGCCAACAGUUUGGUUUUCUUUGAAGAGAUCUCUACACUGUAAAUCAGAGCCAUCGGAUGUUCAUGACCCUAAAAGCAGGAAGCAGUUUAGUACAAUAUUGACGAGGAAAGCAGGCAGGUCUGGGUGUUCAAGGUCCAUAGCAAAUCUCAAGGAUGUCAUCCAUGGAAGCAAGAGACAUUUAGAGAAGCCACCGAGUUGCAGUCCGAGAUCCAUUGGUAGCAGUGAGUUUCUCAACCCGAUAACCCAUGAAGUCAUUCUCAGUAACUCGAGGUGUGAGCUGAAAAUCACUGGCUUUGGAGGGUUCCAAGAUGGUGCCACCAAUGGUGGCGGCACCGGCGGCGGAGGCGGUGGUGGUGGCUCAACUUUUGUUGGUUCCUUAAUGCCUGGAACACCAGGGCCUGGUGGUCACCCAACAAUGCAUUAUUCCAAUAGGAAUUCUUCUGCUACUCCUCCAAGGAAAUCGCCUUUCCUUUUAUCAGAAAGGAAAAGUUCUGUAUUUGGAGGUGGAAAUGUUCAUUCAAGCAAUAGAGUUCCACUUGAGGCAGACUCCAAUGGAUGUUCUACAAUCUCUUGUCACAAAUGUGGAGAACAAUUUACCAAAUGGGAAGCCGCCGAAACACACCAUCUCUCUAAGCAUGCUGUUACUGAGCUUGUGGAAGGUGACUCAUCGAGGAAGAUUGUUGAAAUCAUAUGUCGAACGAGUUGGUUGAAGUCCGAGAACCGUUGUGGCCGGAUCGAAAGGGUUCUGAAAGUCCACAACAUGCAGAAAACCCUGGCUCGGUUCGAGGAAUACAGGGAGAUGGUGAAGAUUAAAGCAAGCAAGCUCCCAAAGAAACACCCUCGGUGCAUUGCCGAUGGAAACGAGCUGUUGAGGUUCUAUGGCACGACCGUGGCGUGUUCUCUUGGCCUAAAUGGCUCGUCGAGUCUUUGCAUAUCCGAAAAGUGUUGUGUUUGUCGGAUUAUUCGAAACGGAUUCUCCGCCAAGAAGGAACUCAAGGAAGGACUCGGUGUUUUCACAACUUCCACGAGUGGAAGAGCUUAUGAGUCCAUUCAAGUUGUUGAAGAUGAUGAUCCAUCUAUAAGGAAAGCUCUGAUAGUUUGCAGAGUUAUAGCCGGUAGAGUCCAUAGACCUUUGGAGAACAUACAAGAAAUGGCAGGCCAAACCGGAUUCGAUUCAUUGGCCGGGAAAGUCGGUCUGUAUUCGAACAUCGAAGAACUUUACCUGCUCAAUCCUAGAGCUCUCCUUCCUUGUUUUGUGGUAAUCUGCAAACCUUGAAGAAAACAAAUUUCAAGUGCUUUUCACUUCGAAUUUGUCUCUCUGAUGUUUAUGUGAAUCCUUUUUUUUUUUUGAAAGAAUUCUCAUUCUUGUUAAUUGCUAAUAUGUCUGGUUUGUGCAUCUCAGA